AUGGCGAAGAGAACUAGGUACGCGAGCAAGGGGCAACUCCCUGUCCUCGCCUUCAUCUUGGGCAAGGCAUGCAUUCGAGUGCCUGUCCAGUCACCAUUCCUCACCCACCACUACCUCCCCAUCAACGCGGCGUCCUCGGCGGCCAACCGCGACCACAGGAUCCGGCGCAUGAAGCGCGCGCUGGACGCGGCCGACCUUGAGCUCGUCAAGAUGAUGGUCAUGGGCGAAGGGCUGGACCUCGAUGACGCGCUCGCCGUGCACUAUGUCGUCCAGCACUGCGGCCGCGACGUCGUCAAGGCGCUGCCGACGUCAACUCCCGCGCCGGGCCCGUGGGGUCGCGGGGAAGACGGCGCUGCACCUGGCGGCCGAGAUGGUGUCCCCCGACAUGGUGUCGGUGCUCCUCGACCACCACGCCGACCCCAAUGCCAGGACACUCGACGGCGUCACCCCGCUCGACGUGCUCCGCAGCCGCACCUCCGAGUUCAUCUUCAAGGGCGCCCUCCCGGGGCUCACGCACAUCGAGCCCAACAAGUUCAGGCUCUGCCUCGAGCUCGUGCAGUCCGCGGUGAUGGUGGACAUACGCUUGUCAUUCGCAUCGUCCUCGCACAACAACCUCAGCCGCGAAGCCGAGCCUGGCAAGUUGUUUUUCUCCUUGGCCUCUUCCUCCGCGCCUCUCUUGCCGGGCGCCGCAUCUGUUCCGCCGCAUCCUGCCGGGUCAGCGCGUGGAAGAAGUAG